UGGUAUAAUCAGUCACGGUACGAAAUUCCCUUGACCUUUACAAUUAGACAGAGACGUAUAUAUUACGGUAAUUUUACCGUGUCUAAAACUAGUAAACACGGGAAACACACUUUCAAACACGGGAUUCACCGUGAUUAAAUGGUCUUUUCCUGUAGUGUAAUCGUACAAGUGAUAAUAUUGAUUUUAUCCAUAUCGAUUUCGUGUUGUAAUAUGCUUGAUAAUGGUAUCUCAAAGCUUUUAUCCAAUAGAAUGAUUGCUCCCAACAGUAACCAGUGAAGCUUAAUCUGCAUUUGUUAAGCGAAGGCUUAUUAGUGAUAUAAUUUUAAUGGUAACAAAGUUGGUUAAGGAUUAUCACAAAAAGAAUAUUUCUUCUACGUGUGUGUUGAAGGUUGAUCUUAUGAAGGCAUUCUAUUCAGUUAACUGGAAGCUGUUUUAUUCAAUGUUUUGACUACAAUGGUAUUUCCUACUGAGUUUGUUAGAUUAAUUGAAGCAUGUGUGACCAAACCAAUGCUAGUGUGGCUUUGAUUGGUUGUGGCCUAUGUGGUUAUAUCUCUACUGUAAAGUAACUCAGCCAAGGAGAUCCACUCACCCCUACGGAGUUUUUUCUUGCCUGAUGAAAAGAGAACUUGAAAUAGAACAUACCAUUAUCAUCCUUGAUGCAAAUCAUUAGAAAUUACUCACUUGUCUUUGGCCAACGAUCUUUUCAAAUGGAUCAAUCAGGGUCGUGGCAAGUAUCAAACAACUUUUGGAUCAAUUUUAAAUUGGUUUAGGGUUUGAGUGCAACUUAUGUAACCUAUUAUAUGUUGGGAUUCUAUAGGAAGAAAAUGAGAUGAUUUCACAAAGCAUAGGGUUCCCACUGGGGUUCUGGCUGUUCGUUUUCUCAAGGUACCCCUUAAUAACUGGUAAGUUAACAACAGGGGAUUGCCAAACACUCGUUGAUAAGAUAACAUUUAGGAUUCGUACAUGGGUAAAACGAGCAGGAGUAGAACUUUCGGUUGGAGUUUGUUGAGGGGCACGAUGUCCACACUGCAACUAAUAUCUCAUAGCGACACAAUUUUUCUUUCCUACAUACUAUUUGUGGCCGCCAUCGAGCUAGUCUCCUUGAUGAAAAAACCGACCUACUUAACCUCUUUACUGUUGCUGUCUUUGUAGAAUGAAAAUGCAGGAAGCUUAAGAGUGUCGCCGAUAUCGAGUGACUAUAGAGAAGAGUAGAGGAUGGAGAACUAUUUGAAGCCUGUAAGGAGGGGAUCUUUGUGAGAUGGGAGGGAGAGAGACGGGGAAGUGAACCCUUUUCUUAUCCAUUCACUUUUUAGAGUAUUUUGGAGUUUAACACCUUACGCAACAAGAGAGCAGUUGGGGGUUUCCAAUAAAAUAGCAGGGAUACAAUUGGAGAAAAAGUAACUCAAAUGUGGGAAUGAGAAAUGCAUGAGGGGGUGCUGGUUUAAUUGCAAUGUUUGUGAGAAAGUGGCUCAAAUUACAUGGGUCAGUUACCAUACUCAUUUGGCCAUCCAAAUAGGAGAAUUUAGUCCAAUUGCUGCAUUACCUCAUUAAUUUACUGCAUCCAAACGACCAGCAAAUCUUAGGCAACCAUGCGUCCUAUGCCUCCUAUCAAGAAAAGAAAAACGAUGUAUUUUCAUCUUCAAAGAAAAAAUUAAGGGUAAAUAAACAAGAGAAAGGAAAACGAUUAUAAUAUGAAUAGUCUAACUCUGAUUCCCAUGUAAUGGAAAAAUUGCAAAACAAAUCUAGGUCUGACACACAUAGACAUAGGGGCACCAUAAUUGGUUUGACCCUAGUGACAUAAAAUUAAAUGAAUAAAAAAAACUGUAUAAUACUGCUGUUAGUUGAGCUGGCAAUAUAAAUACACUACUCCUAGGGUUAGGGUUGCCCAAUAUAAUUUACUUACUAGUUACUACCAACUAUCUAACCAUUGCAGAAGCCACAACGCUUCACCAAAGUACUGUUCUUUUUUCUCCCCUUCUAAACUAACCUUGUUUUCUUUUUUCCUCUCCCCUUUUCUUCCAUCCAAAAAAAAAAAAAAAAAAAAAGAAAUAAAGAAAGACUUUCCCUGACUACUCUUUCACUCGUACUCACACCAGGCUGUGGAUCGACUUUGACUCAGCUCCCUGAUUGGGACUGCACCCUUAUAAUAUCCAUUCAUUAAUAGGAGAAAGACAAGUUCUACCUCUCUUUUCUUUCUUUCUUUGCUUCUCGAUCUCUUUUCAUUUUCUUAAAGCCUUGAUUAUUGAGUUGCUUUCAGGAUUCCCCCCCCCCCCCCCCCACCCUUUCCACCGACCGAAAGAGAUCAUGAUGAAGAAACGGCAAGUGGUGGUGAAGCGAUCGGAGGUGGGGAGGAUUUCGACGACUUCCUCGAUCCGUUACGGGGAGUGCCAGAAGAACCACGCCGCCAACAUCGGUGGGUACGCGGUCGACGGCUGCCGGGAGUUCAUGGCCAGCGGUCACGACGACGACGACGGCGGAGCGGCGGCGGCGGCGCUGAUGUGCGCGGCGUGCGGCUGUCACAGGAACUUCCACAGGCGGGAAGUGGAGUCUUCAGAAGUCGUUUGUGAGUACUCUCCGCCUAAUAAUUAAUCCCUCGUCUCCUCUCCUCCAGUCGCCGAUAGAGUUGGCCAGAAAGAGUUGGCCGUGGGUGGUGCUUUGUUUUGUUCUGAGGAAAAAGGAAAAGAAAGGUGUGGAAAAUUGGCUUUGCAUUGUGUUUGUGUAUGUGGUCUAAACCUUUUUGAGAAAUGGGGACAUUCGAUAAAAUUGGAACGAUACG